GCAUGGCGCUGCGCAUGCUGUGUGAGUAAAGGACAAGCACGACCUGUAAUUCUGCAUACUCGCAGACCAUCUGAAAAGAUUUCAGUGUCAAACUAUGGAGGAACCCUCCAAAUUUGAGCAAUAUGUGUACAAAAAUGCUUCAGUUUACCAUUAUAUGAAGAUAUCUCUAGUUUUGGAGAAUGGAAACAAAUAUAUUACUGAUGCACAGUUCAAACAAUUGAUUAUCUGUGGACUCAAAGACCUGUACGGAGAGGUUGGAGCUUCUUUUCCGUUUGAUUUGCUGAAGUUUGAUGAGAAUGAAUUGACAGGCAUACUGAGAGUGAACAACAGCGGGCUGGUGAAAUUGUGGAGCGCAUUAACAUUACUGGGAUCAUAUCAGAAUGAGGCGUGUGCAUUCAGAGUCACGCAGGUGUCGCCAUUUUUACUAGCGUUGUCUGGGAAUAGCCGUGAGCUGCGGUUUGGAGACCAGUUGAUUUGCAUUGACGGUUCCCACAUCCCUCACAGUAGGGCGCAGGUCGCUUUACGUGGGUGAACGGGCCUCGCUUAGCAAAACAUUCAGUGCCAGAGAUGUCGCACUUUUUGCUGAGCUGACGGGGGACACGAAUCCUCUCCACCUCGACCCCGAAUACACCAAAACAACCUCUUUUGAGACCCCCAUUGUCCACGGAGUGCUGAUUAACGGUCUGAUCUCAGCAAUUCUGGGGACGAAGUUGCCCGGCAAAGGCUGCGUGUUUCUCUACCAGGAAAUACGCUUUCCGGCGCCCCUCUACAUCGGAGAGGAGGUUGUGGCGGAAGCGGAGGUCAAAAAGAUCAAAAUGUCCUUUGCUUUUAUUUCUGUUUCCUGCGCUGCCAAAGACAAAGUGGUCAUGGAGGGAGAGGUCAUGGUCAUGAUGCCGCAAGACGCACAACAAUCAUGAGAAACUUGAGUGAAUGCUGCCGUUCAGUUUUUUAUGUGCUGCCAGGAAUUAAAUGUUUUUUCUUGCUUAUUUUUGUUCUUUUGAAAUGUAACACUCACUCAGAGAUUUAAUAUUUCUUGUUUUUUGUUCUCUGAGAAGUUGUUUGAAUAAAAAAAUAGUGUGAGAAAAUAAACCGCCCUUUGGCUUAGUUCUUUGGUGUGGGCAAUAACUAGCUGUGUCCAACCUCAACAAAGACAUCAUUUUAUGUUACUUAAAACAGUAAUAAAAAAUUGUAAGGUUAACAUAAUAGUGGUAAAAUUACAUGAAAUUAACCAGCAAACUUCUUCCAAUAUAGCUUUCUCCACAAGAUCUUUAACCAAGAUCAAAUAACCGUUGUCCUCGGUCCUUAAAUUUUUCGCUUGCUUUCUCUUUUGGUUAGUUGAAGAAAUGUAUGUGUGUGUGUGUAGAUUUACAUGUGGUAUUUACAUAAUGCUUGUCGAUGAACUGUAUUAUACUAAACUAUAUUAAUUACUGAACUAUAAUACUUUUUCCUUUGUUUUAAUAUUUGGCUUUGCUUUAUGUUUGUACAUUAUGUGUAAAUAAAUACAUGCAUUUCUGAUGUUC